UCAGAAUGCACCUGUCAUUGGGUUUUGAAGGCAAAGCUUGUUAUGAUUAUGAGCGUAAGUAUCAAGUAUAAAAAAACAAUUACCGUUAAGUUGUUUGCAUUUUCAAGAAAGCAUGUGUUCCUUGGUAAUGUUAGUACUUAAUUAAAAACUGUAUUUUGUUGAUGUUUGAAAUGUAAACUUUGUUAAGCUUUUAUAUUAACAAGAAUAAUCUCUCAGAGGAUGGAACCAAUCGUUUGGGUCUCAGACUCACUAAUUUUCAUGGGAUGAGACCCAGGGACCGACUAAUGAAAACUUCUGACAAAAUAACCAACUAAUAGGUUUUUGUUUGCUUUUUUUAGCCGUGGACAGCUUGGUCGUGGAUUAAUAGUUGAAGAGCAAAGUUCAGAGGUUGUUCCAGCUCUGGAAGGAAUCAGAAUGCUGUUUAUAGCAGCAGGUGGCUGGCAUUCAGCAGCAAUAAGUGAAUUUGGUGACCUCUACAUGUGGGGAUGGAAUGAGAAGGGGCAGCUGGGUUUGGCUGUCAAUCCAAAUGACACACUGUCGUCAAGUGGUGGCCAGGUUCAAUGUCAGACAGUGCCAGUUCCUGUCAGUUUUCCAGAUGAUUUAGAGGUACUGAUGGUCAGCUGUGGAUCAAGGCACACAGCAGCAGUUCUUGGAGAUGGGAGUGUCUGGACAUGGGGUUGGGGCUACUAUGGCCAACUCGGACACGGAGACCGAGUGGACAGAUCUGCGCCGACGCAAGUAGCAGCCCUAUUGUCAUUGAGGCUCAAACCUAAAACGCUUUAUUGUGGUGCUUGGUCGACGUUUUUAAUGAGUUCGAAAUGAUCUGUGAUGUGUUAAGGUCAUGUCCACCUUAAUUAGUUUGGAGGGUUAUCGUGGAGGACCCCCCCAACAGUUUCGUGAUUUUAUGAAUCGUCGCCACUGUGGAGAUAUCGUGGAACAGCAUUAUCAUGAAGGUUCAGCUGACAAACUCGCCUGAACUCUGAAAACCAAAACGAAUGCAACCAAAACAGCCAAUCAGAAGAGAUAAAAAUUAUCACAACGGGUCGAUUGAGAUUUCAGAGGGAAAACACGCAAACUGCUUGAAGCGCGGGAGAUCUUCAGUGACCAAGUCGCGACUAUUUUUAUUUUUGAACUGAUUGGUUGUGAAAAUGUUGCGAGGUUUCUGGACCAAAGACACAGCGAAGUGCUGCAAAACUAAAGUAAUACGUUAUCAUUUCAGUUGAUAAUUCUAAAGUACCCUGCUAUACUCUCCCACCGACGCAGCACCACAGUUUCGGUAGAAAUUUAUAUUACCCCCUUUAUUCAGAGUAAUACCAGAUUACUUUCAACACUCGACUGGAAAUUUUCCUAAAAGGGUUAAUACGGUGUGAUCGCUUUGCUGGGGUAGUGAUGAAAAGAAUCGUCCAAGUUGCUGAGAGUGAGAACGAUCGCACUUAAGAGGUCUUCUAGUUAGCUUUGUCAGUCAGUCGACUUUUAAAUGUAUAGUUCGAAACAAUUUGGUUAAUAUUAUUGCGAUUCAAUUAGCUGGGAGGAUCAAGAUGACGUGGUUUUGGUUCGUCACCAUGGUUGUGUUCUGUUCCGUUCAUCUGUUUGUCAUGAAGACGUUGAUCAUUCCUGCUGAAAGUUGUUUGUUCGUUCUGAUUACACUGACCAGGUGUGCGAUUCUCAAAAUGACCCGAAAUCUUCUUGGGCUUGAAAAUCGUCGCCCUUAUUAUCGAUAAAUACGUAUAGACGAGAUUUUGUAAACACGAUUGUGAUGCUUUGUGUUCGCGCGUAUUUUUGAGAAAUAUGUUAUAAAUACAAUAGAAGACGUUUCCCCGCUUUACAUUACCUCAUUCCAACGCUCGGGGAGGUAAGAGAAUUCUCGCAGAUUAUGCAAACCUCAAACUGUGUAUGACUGUCUUUAAUUAAUCUUCUAGGCGAGGCUUUGUAAACACGUGAAAAGUUAAUUUCAAUGUAGAUGCCAAAUAAGCAAAAAUCAGUAAAAAAAUCUGUUUUUAUAGCCCCCUCUUUGAAACCUCUCUAAGGUAUGUAGCUAUUAAGGUCACCUUAAACGCUAGGAUAUUGGAGGAGUCAGCAACAGCUUUCCAAUAAAAAAGAGACGAUUGAUCGA